AUGCUUCUUGCCAGGGCCUUGCUGGAUUUGAAGCAGCGCCUUGCUGGCAGCAUCAUCGUGGCUGCCCACUCAGGUCAACUAGAGCAGGCGGCCAAGGUGCUAGCCGAGGAUGCAGCAGCCAAGAAGAUCCAGGCCCUGCAGCGAGGCAAGUCUGCCCGAACUUUGGUGCAGCAGGAAAAGGCGGAGAAGGUGGAGGCGGCCACAAAAAUCCAGGCUGUGCAGCGCGGGAAGAAGACCCGAGAGGACCUGCAGGUGGAAGGGUCGAAUGAUCCAGUUGCAAAGGAGGUGCCGCCUGAAGAGACAAUUGGGACUGGCCCAGCUGUUGCAGCUCAGCAGGAGUACCAUGAGUUCUUGAGGCAGAGGCUGGCCGGCUUGCUUUCCACAGCGGCUCAGGAUGGAAGCCUCCAGGAGGCCUUAGCCGGUGCCAAUCCCACCGACGAGUCGGAGGACGCAACGCCUAAGCCGCCGGAGAUGCCCGAGGACGAGAAGGACAUCCUGCGUGCUCAGCUGGAGUCCAGCCUGGUUCGAGGAGGUUUGCAGCAGGCGCUGGCCGCCGAAGAAACCGACUUCGAAGAAGUUCGGUUGCAGCUUCAGUCCUCCAUGCUGCAAGCAAUGUCCGAUGGCUCUCUAGAGGGAGCCUUGAAGACUGCGUUUGCAUUCCACGUCGCUGACGAGGAUGCCGUGACAAUUGUCGCGGAGCAGCCCGACAUGUCGGGUGACGUCGCCACCUUGGCUGAUGCAGACGAGGAGGCUUUUGAGCUGGAGAAGCUCAAGGAGCGAAUCGCGCAGAAGAUGCUGGCUGCCAGCUUGGAUGGAUCGCUUCAGGCAGCGCUUGAUGCAUUUCAGCGUCCCAAGAAGCACGUGGAUGAAAUACGUGCGAAGCUCGCCGAUCAGCUCCUGGAUUCUCUGAACAACGGCUCCUUAGAAAAGGCCUUGGCUCCCCUCGCCAACGACAAAGACGAGCUGAAGCCUGCAGCGGAUGCAGCGGCAGCCCCUUGCGGGCCAAGCGGUUGCGACGAGGAUUUGCGUCAACGUAUCGCUUCUCAGCUGGAGGACGCUUUGACAGAUGGCUCCUUGGAGUCCGCUCUGCAGGCGUGCAUCGUUCCGAAGCAGGACCUCCAGCCGAAGCAACCACCCGAGGAACACGUGGACAUCGAGAUGCUGCGACAAAAGCUGGCCCAUCGCUUUGAGGUCUCGGUGGCUGAUGGCUCCUUGGAGGCUGUGCUCGCCGAGCAGUCAAAGGCAGUUGCGGCGGCUGCAAACCAGGAUCUGCGGGAGAAGGUGGGUGCCCAGAUGCUAGCGGCCUUCAACGACGGAUCGCUUGAAGCCGCCUUGGAGGCGAAUGUAGAAGCUGAAGAGACUGACUCGGAGCGCCUGAGAUCGAAGUUGGCGACGUCCUUGUCUCAGUCCUUCUUGGAUGGAUCCUUAGAGAUGGCCCUCAGCGCCAGCCUUCCGGAGAUCGAUUCUUCCAAUCUGCAGGUCGCGAAGCCAGCGAGGCAGUCGCGUCCACCUUCGGCACAAACCAUGAGCAGUGCGGUCGGUCUCCUUCACGUGCUCUCCAGCUAUGAUCGUCGCAUUGGAAAGAUCGCCGCAUCAAUAGAAGCUGCAGAGCAUGCAAUCCGGGAUCGGAUCCAGCAGACAGAGAUGCUUCAGGUGCAGCUCACAGCAGCCCGUGGCGAUCUGCGAAGCUUGAACGAGAUCUGGGAGAAGCAGCAGGCAGCCAUCAAUGCGGAAGAGGUGCGCGACUUGAUGCUUCAGGAGGAGCGACAAAGGGCCGCGGACAGUUUGGAGCUCGAGAAGCUGAAGCACAAACAUGCUGCCGUUGACAUGGAGGCACAUCUUCUGAGCAACCGGUCCGAGAUGGCUUCAACAGCCGCCUCGGGGCAAGAAGCAGGUUGCAGCAGGCAAGAUUCGCCGCUGACAUCUUGGAGGUCUCAAUGA